CUCCAUUUUCAUUACAUUAUAAUUACUCCUCCUCUUCAUCAUCAAACCCCAUUACUUAUAUAUUAUGAGAUGAAGAUUAGAUGAAGAAAAGCUCCCUUUCUGUCAGAGUUUUGUCUCCAUUAACAUGGCAAGCACCACCAACAUAUCCAUCCCAACAUUCUUCUGCUUCAUCACCAUCUUCUUGUUCUCAUCUUUGCUCUUACUGAAUCCUCGGUCGGCCCUUGCUCAAGACGAGGAAUGGGUGAUAAAGGAAGCUGAGCUUCUCCUCUCCUUCAAGUCCUCAGUUCAUGACCCCUUUGGCCACCUCUCCACAUGGAAGAACGACACGUCUGCUUCAAGCAUCUGUAGCUGGAACGGGAUCGUUUGUGAUGCUGUCAGUUCUUCUCGCGUCAGUCUCAUCAACUUGUCAACGAAAAACUUAUCGGGUGAACUUACAUCUUCAAUCUUCCAACUCUCUUAUCUGGAGACCAUCGAUCUCUCUGGCAACCAGUUUUAUGGCGAGGUCCCAAGCUACGUGUUCUCGAGCUCGUCCUUGCGACAUCUCAACCUCAGCAACAACAACUUCACUGGUAAGAUUCCGUCUGGAAUCUCUUCCGGUGUGCUGAAGACGUUGGAUCUCUCCAGUAACAUUCUGACUGGAGAGAUUCCGUGGGAGAUCGGGUCGUUCUCCGGUUUGAGGUACGUGGACCUCGGAGGAAAUGUGUUGGUUGGGAGGAUACCAAUUUCAAUAUUAAAGAUUUCGAGGUUGGAAUCGCUGACCCUAGCAACGAACCAGCUCGUGGGGGGAAUCCCGAGAGAGUUAGGUCAGAUGACGAGCCUUCGGUGGAUUUACUUGGGAUACAACAAUCUCUCCGGUGAAAUCCCGGAGGAAAUUGGGAACUUGACUUCCCUCGAACAUCUUGAUCUCGUCUACAACAAUCUCACCGGUGGAAUCCCUCCGUCUUUAGGCAACCUCACCCAUCUUCGGUACCUCUUUCUGUACGGAAACAAUCUCGCCGGUUCAAUUCCCGGGUCGAUUUUUGGCCUGCGAAAUUUGGUCUCUCUCGAUCUCAGCGAGAACUCGUUGUCAGGUGAGAUCCCGGAGAGUAUAUCUCAACUGCAGAGUUUGGAAGUUCUUCAUCUCUUCUCCAACAACUUCACCGGUGAAAUCCCAGCCGGAUUAAGCACCCUGCGGCGGCUUCAGGUGCUUCAGCUCUGGUCCAACCGGCUGACAGGUCAGAUACCCAAAGAUCUCGGUGGAAAACAGAGCAAUCUCACUGUGCUGGACCUGUCCACCAAUUCUCUGACUGGGAAAAUUCCGGAAACCCUUUGCAGCUCCGGCGGUCUGUUUAAGCUCAUUCUUUUCUCAAAUUCUCUGGAAGGCGAUAUUCCGGAGAGUCUGAGCUCUUGCAGGAGCUUGAAACGCGUGCGUCUCCAGAACAACAAGUUGUCAGGGGAAUUACCGCCGGAAUUCGCCAGGCUGCCACUUGUCUACUUCAUGGACAUCUCCGGCAAUAAUUUUUCCGGCAGGAUCGAUCAACGGCAGUGGGAGAUGCCGUCGCUUCAAAUGCUGAAUCUGGGCAGGAAUCGGUUCGUCGGUGGCCUGCCGGAAUCUUUCGGCAGCGACAAACUGGAGAACUUGGACUUGUCGGAAAACGAAUUUUCGGGUUCGAUUCCGGCAAAGUUCGGAGCUUUAUCGGAAUUAAUGCUGCUAAAGCUGAGCGGAAAUCACAUCUCCGGCGAUAUUCCUCCGGAAUUUUCUUCCUGUAAGAAGCUUGUCACUCUGGAUCUCAGCCGAAACCAAUUGACCGGUCCGAUCCCUGCAGAGCUCGCCCAAUUGCCGGUUCUCGGUCAGCUCGAUUUGUCCGAAAACAAGUUGUCAGGAGAAAUCCCUAAUGGUUUGGGAGAAAUAGAAUCGCUGGUCCAGGUCAACAUCUCUCACAAUCAUUUCCGCGGCAGUUUGCCGGCGACGGGAGCUUUUCUAGCACUCAACGCCACCGCCAUCGCCGGAAACAAUCUCUGCGACUUAACUACUUCCACCGGGUUGCCGCCUUGUGGAGGAGCUAACGCCAAGCGUUCCCUGAUUUGGCACAAUUACUUGGUCGCCUGUAUCUUAGGUACUCUGGCUUUUAUCGCUCUGAUCGCUUACGCCGUAAUUCUAAUGAAUCGAGGACGAAUGUCAAUGGAGAUGAAAAAAGUGGAGAAUCUCGAAGAUGGGUUGACGUGGGAACUGAGGAUCUUCGAUUCCGGCAAGGUUUGGAGAUCCAUUUCCAUGGAUGAGAUUCUGGGUUGCAGGAAAGAUGAGAACUUGAUUUCCAAAACAGGGGACUCUGUUUCGUACAGGGGGGAUUUCUCAGGGACUCUGUUCGUGGUGAAGGAAAUAAGGCGGGAGAUGGUCAUGAUGAGUUCGUUUCCUGCGAGUUUCUGGACGGAAAUUGGAGGGAUUCAGCAUCCCAACGUGGUGAAAUUGAUCGGAGUGCUGCAAUCGAGUAAAGGUUUAGGGUUUCUGGUUUACGAGCACGUUGAAGGGAGGAAGUUGAUUGAGGUGGUUCGGAGCUUGAGUUGGGAGAGAAGGAAGAGGGUUGCGAUUGGUGUGGCGAAAGCUCUCCGGUUUUUGCACGGCCGUCGGUCGGCGAGCAGGUUGGUCGGAUGUGUUUCGCCGGACAAAGUGAUCGUCGACGGGAGAGAUGAGCCUCAUCUGGAACUGAGCCCACUUGAUUUGGUCGGCUAUGAAACCAAAGGGUUCGUUUCAUCCCCGCAUUUUGGUCCAGAAAGCUUGGAAAUGAAGGAAAUGAGAGAGAAGAAGGAUAUCUAUGGCUUUGGGCUAAUCCUCAUCCAAUUGUUAACUGGAAAAUGCCCGAACGACGUUGAAGCGUUGGGAGUGGAGGAGGGAAUCGUGGAAUGGGCUCGAUAUUGCUACUCAGAUUGCCAUAUCCAGACGUGGGUCGAUCCCAUGGUGUUGAUGAAGCAACAAAAUGAAGUGGUCGAAGCCAUGAACUUGGCUCUCCGUUGCACAGCAGUUGAUCCCAUAGCUCGACCGUGUGCAAAAGAUGUGUUGAAAACCCUAGAGUCGUCUACCUGUUUGCUAAAUUCUUGUUGUGCCUCAAAUAUGUAGUUCACGUGACGAGUUCGCAACAAUUGGGCUAAGGUGCAGAGCGGUCGGGCAAAUCAAUUCCCUACAACCAUGCAUGCAAAAUGCAAACAGUCAUCUCAUACAUGUGAAGUUUAUUUUUGGACGGUUGGAUGACAAGUUAGCGACAAUUUUGUUGUCAUCGAAAAAAUGGAACGUUUUUAGAAAUUCAGUCGCCUCCUACAACUAAAAGGUUGUGUCUCAUCACUCAUGCAUGUUGAGGAAGACCGCUCUACACCGUAGCCUAAUAGAAUUCGUAGCUUACUAUAAAUCUUCAGUGUUUAGGAGUUUUCUAGUUGUUUUUAUCUUGAUCUUUUUUUCUCCUUUUUUUUUUUUUUUUGGGUUGUGGUUUGUUUGUGUUACCCUUUAAGUUUGAAAGAAAAAUGGAUGAUUAUUUGUUCCAUUUAAGUUGUAUCAUAUUAGGCUUAGCACGAGAAGGUUAAAUGGAAGAUGGAAAACAGUAUGAAAAUGAUUUAGGUUUGUGGGUUAUUGGCAUUUUGCUUUAGGGUAUUGCUAGAUAGAGGUUGAUGAUUUUUGGUUGAGUGUAUAUUGUAAACUGCAAAAAUAUAAUGCAACUUACAUUUUCUUGGUACAUGAA